AUCAAUGGAAGAUGCUGGAAGUAAAAUCUCAGCUAAGGAUGCUAAACAAAAUAAAUCAAGUAACCAAAACAUUGUUGUUGAUGCUGGCCAACCAACCAGUGAUGAGUUUGAAAAUAUUGAUAAGCUUACUGAGAAUAUUGUAAAUAUUGAGAAAAAAUUACCUUAUGUUGAGUUUAUUGUUUCUUCUUCUCUUUCGAAUAAAUCCAAAAAGCAAAAGAUGAUCCUUUCAUGGAAGCAUGUUAUUGAGAAAAUUACAAUUGAUCAUAAUUCAGAUCAUGAUUGGAUCAUGAAUGGGUACAAUAUUUCUGAAGACUUUUGUAAGUUCCAAACACAAACAGUGGAACUAUUGAAGAGCAACCCAUUCUUCUCAUAUGCAACGGAUGUUGACCAAAUAUUGUAG